UUGCCAAAACAUAAUAAUAAAGUACUCUUCAAUCCAUCUAUAAAAUUGGCCCACUUAAUCACCAGCCCCCAUGAUCCUUCCUUAUAUGACACUUUCAUCACCAAGUUGUGAGAAUACUACAGCCUUUCACUAGUAUAUCAAGAUUUAGCUAAAAUUACAAAUUUUCUUCUUCACAUAGAUAAAGAAUUAUAUGCUAUGGAGGCACUCAAUGCAGCAAGAUUAACUCCUGUUUCAGUUCUUUCUGAUAGAAGAAAUGAGCCCAAAAAAGUCCCAUCUUUCCAAUUCAAGAACCUUCCUAAUUCAGCCAAUGUUAACACCAAUUAUUCAAGAAAUGUUCAUGGGGGUCUAGUGUUACUUUCCUCUGUUUUCACUACAAACUUAGCUAAAGCAUUGACAUAUGAAGAAGCACUUCAGCAAUCAACUACUAGUACUGAUUUUGAUGCAAAUGCAUUGGUUGAAACUGUGACCAAUUUUGUAUCUGAAAAUCCUUCAGUUAUAGCUGCUGCUGUUGCUGUUUUGGCUUUGCCAUUGGUUCUGUCUCAGGUGUUCAGUAAAAAGCCUAAGCCAUGGGGUGUUGAGUCUGCCAAGAAGGCUUAUGCAAAAUUGGGAGAUGAUGAAAGUUCAGAAUUACUUGAUAUAAGGGGCACUGUGGAAUUAAGGCAAGUGGGGAGUCCAGAUAUUAAGGGUUUGAAGAAGAAGCCAGUUAAUGUUGUUUAUAAAGGUGAAGAUAAGCCAGGGUUCUUGAAUAAGCUAGCUUUGAAGUUCAAGGAGCCAGAGAAUACCACAUUGUUCAUUCUAGACAAAUUUGAUGGGAACUCUGAACUCGCUGCAGAGCUUGCUACAGCAAAUGGUUUUAAAGCUGCAUAUGCAAUUAAAGACGGUGCUGAAGGACCCCGAGGAUGGAAGAAUAGUGGCCUUCCAUGGAUACUUCCUAAGAAAACUUUAAGUCUUGAUCUUGGCCUGUCUGAUGCUCUUGAUGGUAUUCUUGGGGACGGUUCUGAUGCAGUGACCGUAGGUUUAGGUGUUGCUGCAGCUGCUGGAUUAGGACUAUUGGUGUUCUCAGAGGUGGAAACAGUACUCCAACUGUUAGGUUCAGCUGCACUUAUCCAACUAGUCAGCAAGAAACUUCUAUUUGCAGAGGACAGAAAGCAAAGUCUGCAACAAGUUGAUGAGUUUCUCACUAAAGAGGUUGCUCCAAAGGAGCUUGCAGGUGACAUUAAGCAAAUAGGGAUGGCUCUUCUUCCAGUCCCAGUGAAUAGCAAAGCUCUACCUGCACCUGCAGAGAAAACUGAAUCAGUUCCCGAGGUGGAUGUUCCAUCAUCUAAAGUAGAAGCUUCCGUCGAGCCUACUCCAGAAAUCAAUUCAGACCCUGAACCAGAAGUGAAAGUAUUUGCUUUCAGUUUCAGUGAAAUUUCAGAGUCACUUUCACCCUAUCCUAAUUAUCCUGAUCUCAAGCCUCCAACAUCCCCGAUACCUUCACAACCUAGUGGCAAUGUGGAGAAAAUGGAAACAGUUUCCAAGGUAGAAAUAUCUACCGAGUCUACUCCAGAAGUCAAUUCAGUCCCGAAACCAGAAGAAACAGCAGAAGCACUAUCUGGAAUUACAAGGUCGCUUUCUCCAUAUCCCAAUUAUCCUGACCUGAAGCCUCCAACAUCGCCGAUACCUUCUCAACCUAGUGGCAGUGUGAAGAAAACAGAAACAGUUUCCAAGGUAGAAUUAUCUUCCGAGUCUACUCCAGAAAUCAAUUCAAUCCCUAAACCAGAAGUAACAGCAGAAGCACUAAAUGGAAAUGCAAGGCCACUUUCUCCGUAUCCAAAUUAUCCUGAUCUCAAGCCUCCAACUUCGCCAAUGCCGACGCAAGCAUAAUGUUGGACUUGCAGAUUUCCAUAUCCAAGGUGUACCAGCUCCGCAAUUUCCAGUUGGGGGAGAACUACAAUGCCAUAUCCUGUUUCAAGUAAAAGUUAGCUAUUCAAUGAAAUCUUGUAUUUACGUUACCUGCAUUUGACGGGAAAUUUGUAACAGUAUAGAUAAAGAUUCUCAUCGUUAUGUCCUUCAUUUCCAUUCUUUGUAAUUUAUUGAUGGAUCGAUGUCAAAUGUAGACACAAGUGGGUGUAAAAGCUUAUGUAACUUUAGCAAUACAAUCACUUCGAAGCAAAA